AUGUCGUAUAAUCAAGGGAAGGAGUUCAUUACCGAGCUCGGCAAGACGCCUAUGAAGUAUAUAAUAGAGCCCACUGUAGGGCUCGCCAAUAAUUUGACGCCACAUGGGGACACUGUUGUGGAUGAGGCUAAGAAGGCGAAGAAAGGGAGGACCAAGUCUGGGCGGAAGUAUGUGUGUCAGAUAGACGGAUGUAAGCGUGAGUUUAGUGUGCCUAGUCUGCUGGCGCAGCACAGAAAUGCGCAUACUGACGAGAGGCCUUAUGUGUGUGACGAGCCCAACUGUGGCAAGAGGUUUCUGAGACCUUGUCACUUGAGAGUACACAAGUGGACGCAUGCGCAGGUCAAGCCUCUGAAGUGCUCCUACUGUGAGAGGAGGUUUAUCACCAACCAACAGCUCAAGAGACAUACGAACACACACGAAAGGAGAAUCGCGGCUAGCAAGAAGAAAGAGACUGAGGCAGCCAUGCGUAUGAUGGUGGGCUUGCCACCAAAGAACAACAAACCUAAGAAAUCACCUACAACCACCCUACUAAACGAAGCAAACGAAACAAAUGGUACUGUGAACGGUGCCGCAAACGGGACUACAAACGGUGUUAUAAAUGGUACCGAUGGUGUUGCAAAUGGUACUGCCAAUGAUACUGCCAAUGGUGUUACAAAUGGUGUUACAAAUGGUGUUACAAAUGGUGUUGCAAAUGGUGUUGCAAACAGUAUUACAAAUGGUAACGAUAUAGUCAACGGCAAUAACUACAAUACUGAUAAAUUUGAUGAUAAUGGUUUGAACGGGCUGGCUACUGGUAUACACACAAUCAAUCUACAAGACCUGGGCUUCUCUGAUAUUAAUGGAUAUCGUCUGAACAACACAUCGUUGCUUUCAGACCCAGUUAUAGACGUUGACGGCAACGGGCUAAGGUUCCGUAUUAAAUGUCCGUACUUCGACUGUGACGCUAUCCUGGGCCCAAAUGAAGAUAUCAUGAACCAUUUGCUGGAGAUGCACUUGGUUUCGAGGCUGGAGAAGGACCCCACGGUGGAUGGCGAGUUAUUCUACUCGCCAAACAGUGUUGUUAAUAACAGCCUAAGUUUGAGUGACACUGCUACUUCGCCAUCUUCUGAUGGUAAGAGUGACACUUCUUAUCUGCUGGACGGUAGAAUUCAAGACAAGACCGAUGACAAAUGCUUUUCCGAGACGAUACCCAACGACAUAUCCUACUAUAGAAACAACGAGACAGUACUAAACAUCAGUGACCACGAGGAGGCUUCGAGUUGGAACGACUUGAGAUGCCGAGAGGCGCAUUGCAAGGACUUGCCGAAGUUCAACAAUGUGUUUGUACUCAUAGAACACUACGAUCAGGACCACGCAUUCAUACCGGAGAGUCUGGUGAAGUUCGGCUACUUACAUCUAUACGCUCCAGAUGUCCAGGACGGUGUACUAUAA